AUCAUCAUCAUCAUCAUCAUUCCAUCAAAAAUCAAAAUUUACAAAAUCAACGAUUAUGAUUUGAUUUAUACGAUUAUCAAGUGGAACUAUAUUUUUUCUGGUUUGUUUUGUUUUAAAUGGCAAGCAAUAUUAGAAUGCCCGGUACGGAUAAUAAUAUUACUGCUGGUAUAACACCAACAUCAUCAAUAACACCAACAAUAACAAUGAUAACACCAACAACAAGUGCAAAUAAUUUAAAUAUAAUUAAUAAUAAUAAUAAUAAUGGUAAUAAUAAUGGUUUAGCAAGUUUAGCAUUCUAUGAUCAUAGUGAUCAAGAAUUAAUGUUACAAGAAAAUAAAUAUAGACAAUAUGCAUUAGCAAUUGAUAAAGCAUUAAAAAGUUUUGAAUAUACUUCGGAAUGGGCUGAUUUAGUUAAUGCAUUGGGUAAAUUGAAUAGGGUAUUGAAUAAUAAUAGUAAAUUUGGUAAAAUACCACGUCGUUUUAUUGUUGGACAACGUUUAGCACAAUGUAUGCAUCCAUUAUUACCAAGUGGUGUUCAUUUGAAAGCAUUAGAAACAUAUGAUCUUAUAUUUAAUAUACUUGGACCGGAACAAUUAUUAGCCGAUUUAACAAUAUAUUCAAAUGGAUUAUUUCCAUUAUUAGGUUAUGCUGCUAUUAAUGUCAGGCCAUCUGUAUUAGAUCUUUAUGAUCGUCAUCUAUUACCAUUAGGUGAACGUCUUCAAUUAGCAUUGGAUGGUUUUCUUAUCAGUAUAUUACCUUGUUAUGAAGAAGUAUCGGAUUCAUUUCAACGUACUGAUGGUUUAUUAUUAAAAGUAGCCGAUGGUGUUGGUAUUGCUUAUUUUUAUGGUGCAUUAUGGCGUUGUAUAUUACAAAAUUCAUCAAUACGUUUACAAGCAAUAACAUUUGUUUUAAUGCAUUUUAAUAAAAAACGAUCAUUAAAAGAACAGGCACAUGUUCUUGGUCUUUGUAUGCGUACAUUAGUACAAGCAAUUUGUUCGGCAUUACUUGAUCAACAUAUACUUGUACAACGUGCAAUAUUAGAUCUUUUAAUUACAAUAUUUCCAAUUCAUUUUAAUCUAAUGAAUCAAGUUGAACAAACAAUGCUUUCACAACAACAACAACAACAACCGAAUAAUCUCAAUAUAUCACCAAAUAAAUCUUCAAAUACACCUUCACAAUCAAUAACACCACAAUUACCACCACCACCAUUACAACCAACACCACAACAACCUGUUAUGUCAAGAAAAUAUUUUAAACGUUCGGAAAUGAUUGUUAUUAUAACAGCAGCAUUAACUGUAUUAUUACGUCGUGAUUUUUCAUUAAAUCGUCGUCUUUCGGCUUGGUUUUUUGGUGGUGAUUCUGGUGCUAGUAUGGCCGGUGGUGGUGGUGGUAAUUCAAAUAAUAAUAAUAAUGCAAAUCAAUCCACAUCAAACAAUAAUAAUAUCGGUAGUUUUGUUACAACAACAAAAUCUGGAUCAACAGCAACCGGAACAACUGGAACAACAUUGCUUGGAACAUCAUCAACAAUCGGUUCGAAUAAUAAUAAUAAUUAUGAUAAUAAUUUAUCAUCAACAACAUCCACAUCAACAUCUGCGGAAACAAAAGCAAAAAGAAAAAAAUUAAUCUAUUAUGAUACAUAUUCAAAAGAUCUGGUUAACGAAGCAUUUAAACGUUGUAUAACAAAUCCAUUAACAGCAAUAACAUCAUUUUUACCACCAUCAGCAUUAACAAAUUCAUUUAUAACAUUUACAAUGCCUUUUAUACCUACAAUGGGUAAUAAUGAUACAUAUAGAACACAAACAAUAAUAUCAUCAUCAUCAUCAUCAUCACCAUCAUCAUCAACAUUAUCAUUACAUACAAAUUCUCGUCAUUUAUAUCGUAAUAAUUCAUUACAUCAUCAUCAUCAUAGUAAUCAAUCAAGAUCAAUUUCAUCAAUGACCGGUUUAUAUCAAUCACUUUAUUCAUCAAUGUCAACAUUUUGGCCUUAUCGUUUAUUAAUCUGUAUAAUGGAUCAACGUGAUAUUGCUAUACCUAUUUUGGAUAAAUUAUGUAUCGAUAUUUUACGUGGUUUAUAUCAUGAAUUUGAAUUAUUAACAACUGAAGUACCACCACCAAAUACAGAAAUCAAUGAUGAUAAUGAUGCGGAUGAUGAUAAUGAUGAUGAAGAAAAUAUCAAUACUAGUCAUCAUAGUGGUGGUAAUAAAAAUCAAAUGGAUAGACAAACCAAUGAUUUUAUUGAUAAUAUUUCAUCAACAACAACAACAACAUUAUCAUCAUCAUCACCAAUUUCAUCGACAAAACAAACUUCACUGAAUAUAAACAAGAAAAAGAAACGAGGAUGA